GACCAAUCCACAAAGCAGAGAUCGAAGGGAAAAAAAAAAAAAACUAUCAUAUUCUCUUCUCGGAUAUUCGCUAUUAUAUUCCAAAAAAGAAAAUGGCGUCAGAGCAAAGGAAUCGCAGAGACAACACCACCAGCGAGAGGGAGGUUCAGGUGGAGAAAGACAGGGUUCCGAAGAUGACGAGCCAUUUUGAGCAUAUGGCGGAGCAAGUACAAGGUUGCAACAAAGAACAUCCUCAUGGUGAUAGAAGCCAGUUUGUUUCUCUUUCUGAUAAGGUGAGAAACGAUCAGAAAGAUCAAUCGUAUGCUGGUGAUCAGCCGCGGACUGUGGCGAAGUUCGAAGUUAAAGUUGAAGAGAAAGGCCAUACGGAUGGGGCUAAUGUUGGAAUAAGUACUCAAGAAAUGGGCAAAGAAGAGGGUGGCCGGGUGGCAAGGAAAGACACGGAGAUCGGAAAAGAAGAAAUGAGUGAGCAUCAGCAUCAGGAGGAGAGAGGAAAGCGCACAGAGAUGAAAGAGGGAGAAGAGGGUCACCAGAGGGAGAGAGGGAGGAUCAUAGAGGUUAAAACCGAACAACAAUCGAACAGAGGCCAACAGGCUCAGCAGGAGGGAGGAAGAGGAGGAGUAGAGGUGAAAAGAGGAGGAGAGAGUAACCAGAAGAGAGAAAGGCAGGAACAAAUGGUAAAUCAGCAAGAGGCUCAGCAGAAGGAGAGAGAAGAAGAUAUGGAGAUGAAAAAAGGACGAGAACAUGGUCGAAGCGAGGAUGAUAGUGGAAGCCAAACUCAGAUGAUGACCAGCCAAGAAGAGGUUCAACAGAAGGAGAGAGCUAGGGGCUCAGAGAAUAGAGGACGAGAUCAAGGCCGACAGGAGGAGGAGACAAGUCGGAACGAACAGGAGCUUACUUUGGAAGAGAUAUCCAAGUUCAGAGCAACCGCGCAGCAAAACUCCAUGGAAGCGAUAAAGGCGGCAGAAGAACGGUAUCAGAAAGCUAAAGAAUCGGCGAAGCAAAGUCUUGGUACAGCAGCCGAAUACGCUUCGGAAAAAGGUUCACAAGCUAAAGACACUCUUCGCCAAGGAGCACAGUAUGCAACAGAGAAAGCCGGGGUUGCCAAAGAUACAGCACUGGAGAAGGCACAACAAGGCGGUACUGCGGCAAAAGUAACCGUGGUGCCAAUGGCAGAAAGAGCUAAAGACACUCUGCGCCAAGGAGCGCAGUAUGCAACAGAGAAAGUUGGGGUUGCCAAAGAUACGGCGCUGGAGAAGGCACAACAAGGCGGUGCUGCAGCGAAAGAAACUGUGGUGCCAGUGGCAGGGAAAGCUAAAGACUUGGCCGUCACUGCCGGGGAGACUACGAUUCAUUAUGCCGCUGCGGCGAAAGAUGCUACUGUGGAAACUGGAAAGGGAGCGGCUCAUUAUGCCGGGAAGGUGGCGGUGGACGCGAAGGACAGAGCUGCAGUGGCUGGUUGGACUGCGGCGCAUUACUCAACUGAGAAAGCGGUGGAGGGGACGAAGGUGGCGGCGAAGGCGGUUGUAGGAGCUGCGGAAUAUGCAGGUCAUAAGGCUGCUGAGCUUGCGGCUAAGCCUAUAUCCGCUGCUAAGGAUGUUGCUGCUAAAACAGGGGAGAGUGCUAAGGAGUACACUGCUAGGAAGAAAGAAGAGGCUCAGCGAGAAUUAGAGGCUAAGAGGUCAGCUGAAAAACAGGGCAUCGAGAAUCAACAGAGAGGAGAGAGCUGGAAAGAGGAAUCAAACCAGCAAUAUGGAACGAGACAGGAACACCAGCAAUACGGAACUAGAAAAGAAGCACCCCAGCAACAUGAAACCAGAAAAGAAGUACCCCAGCAAUGUGAAACAGAGCAGACCGAGACAGAGAGCAGACCACACGGGAAAACAUUGGAAGGAGGAGAACAGCACAGAGAGGAAACAUAUGGCGUUCAAGAAGGCAAAGGAGACGGUGGGGUUCUGGGAGCCAUUGGGGAAACUAUAGUGGAGAUUGCCCAGACCACCAAGGAUCUGGUUAUUGGGGAAGACCAAACUCGAAUGGAAUCCAACUUAGGAGACCAAAACGAACAGAACAGGCAGUGGGGGAAUACCCAUGAGGGAAAGUAAUAAGAAGAGAAGAAUAAUCUCGAUUGGCCUGAAGUAGAAAAAUAUAUGCUAGGUACUAGUUUUUUUGUUGGUUCUAGUUUCUGUAUGAUAGAGCGGUCAAUAAAUUUUAGUCCCCUGUCUAGUACUUCAAUUAGGGAAUUGCCACAUGUUUUGAAGUUUUUGAUGUUUGUAAUAUUAAUUUUGUUUGCGUCUGGUUCGUAGAGAUGAAUAAAUGGUGGAGAGUCUGUACGGUUGAUUUAUUCUAGUAAAGAAUCGGCUACUUUCGUAAAAA